AUGUGCAGCCAGAGCGACUCCACCAGCGACCUGGACGAGGAGUUGCCUGUGUUUGACUUCCUCCAGCCUGGUCGACACAGACACAAACCAGACCUGGUGGAUCUGGCUGAUUCUGAUGCAGAAAACGCAUUGCGCCCCCCCCCAGUGAAGGAUGCAGCAGGUGCACGCAGGGGGGUGGCUGAUGUCAUGAUGAUCAGCAGCGAUUCUGAUGAGGAUGCACCUUAUGUCCCUCUGGCACAGAGACUCAAACAGAGACAAGACAAUGUGAUCAGUGCCUCCUCCGCUGUCACUAAUGGGAAAGAUGCUGAGCUGAACUCCCCAUCCAAUCUGCCUAGUUUACAGCUCUCCUGCCAGAAUAGGUUUCCAAAGCCACAGCCCCUAGUCAGCUACCGUCAGGUGAGCCACAGUGCCUCGGAUGGUCCAGAGGAGGCGGCAGCUCUCCCUCAGCGAUGGCCGGGUACGAAGCCCGUCUCCAGUGCAGGGAGCGUCGACACCUCCCCUGCCAGGAGGAAUCCUGCCAAGCGGAAGGCAGAGGAGAUCCAGGCCUCCAGGGAGGAGGCUCUGAAGAGGAGGCAAGCCAGGGAGAGACAGCAGAGGGACAAGGAGGGGCUCCGGCUGGAACAGGAGAGGCAGAAAGCAGAGAGAAAAGCUCUGGCAGAGGCUGCCAAGGCCCUGAAGCCAGAGGAGUGUAUCAAGCACAUGGUGGUGGCUGUGGACCCAGCUCUCUUACAGCUGGAGGGAGGCGGGACUCUGCUGGCGUCUGUGCAGGCUCUGGGCUGCAGUUGUGCCAUAGAGAAGCAACCCCUCCCACGCAGUGUCAGCUGGAGGAGGAGGACUCCCUGUGCUCAGCCAGGUGACGGAGUGUGUGUACCAGAGGCUCAUGUAGUGAUGCAGAUGACCGUGGACGACUUCACUUCUCUGAUCCACAGCUACGUUCAGGAAGAGAGACACGGCAGGUCAGACGCUAAUCCCACUCUUACGUCGUGGGUGCAGGAGCAGCAGAGACGUAACCCUGGAAAGCUCCUCAGCCUGGUGGUCAUCGACAUGGAGAAAUACUUCAGAUCCCAGAAGUCGCAAAGCCAGAAGAGGUUUCGAGAGGCGGUCACAAAUGAGGAGCGAGGCGGAGGAAAAGUGAGGAAGACGAAGAAGAAGGCUGGAGCUGAGGCGCUUCCUGAGGUGUCACGGGUUGAAGUAGAAGAGGCAGUGGCACAUCUCCAGCUCCACACUGGCGUCUCAGUCCGCUACUUGUCAACCUGGAAAGACUUCUCCGAUCACAUCACCAUGACAACCAAAGCAGUUGCAGAGGCCCCAUUCAAGCGAGAGAGGGAGCAGACGGGCUUCUCUUUCUACCUGGAGAGCGAGUGGGCGGGCGGUCAGCGGGUGGAUAAAGCUGGUAAGGGCCUUCUGCAGGUGUGGAAGAGACAGAUCCAGCAGUUCAACAGAGUCAGCCCAGACAUGGCCGCAGCAAUCCUGGCAGCUUACCCAUCCCCACAGCUGCUCAAAAAGGCUUACAGUCUGUGCAAGACCGACAGCGAGAGGAUCUCCCUGCUGUCGGACCUUAUGAUCCGAAGAGGCGAAGGUGUGACCUCCACGACUCGGAGGGUCGGCCCAGAGCUUUCCAAACGCCUCUUCCUCUUGAUGAGCUCCCGCGAUCCUGAGCAGACACUGGACGCCACUGUCUGA